AUUUGGCCGCUGAAUUAUUACAUCAAUCACAGAGAACAUCCACUAAGGCACAAAGUGAUUAUUUGGGUGCUUAGGUCAGAAAAAAACUUGGAUGAGAAAACGUCUCCAACUAUGUUAAUGCAUUUUAUUGUAUUCAUUCUCUAUUUUGGGGAAAUUCAAAGUGCGCUUACAGAGACAGAAGAGUCAGAAGACGCCGUUCACGUGCGCAUUUCCAGAAAAACACAAUUUCCCAGGAACCUUUGCGCGGAGAACAACAAAGAUGGCGAUUCAGCUCAAUGUUUCAGGACGUGAUAAGAAUUUUGAAACGUACAACAGAUGAAUUAAAGGAGCGACAACCGGCAGAGCACUGCAGAGAAUUUACCACUGCGGGUCAACUACAUCACACCCGACUACGUUAGCAGGUUAACAGGUGAAAUGCCUUCUCCUAAAGCUAAAAACCCCGGUCGCAGCGGAGGAAGCCCGGUGCUCGGCAGCUCCAACGGCCGUUACGAGUUCAUGUCGCUGACGAAGCCGCUGAACCGGUCCUCGCCGCCGCUUCUCCUCCAGCGGCAGGGAUCCGACCCGACCACCGCCCGCCUGCGAGCCUCGGAGAGCCCCACUCGGCGCCGGGGAUCCAGCUCCUCCACGGGCUCUGGGAGCGGCCAGGGGCUGGCAGAGGAGGACGGUAUACGGCUCAACCCCUCCUUUAUCCGCGUAGCGCUCAGCUCGCUCCUCGCCAUCGACCUGUGGAUGUCUAAGCGCUUGGGGGUGUGUGCCUGUGAGGACUCGUCCUGGGGGAGUGUGCGCCCGCUAAUGAAACUGAUAGAGAUAUCGGGACAUGGCAUCCCCUGGCUGGCUGGGUCCGCCUACUGUUUGUACAAGAGUGACAGCGCCGCAGGACAAGAAGUCAUGCUCAACCUCCUCAUGGGCCUGCUGUUGGACCUGGUCCUGGUCGGCAUUGUUAAGGCAGUGGUGCGUCGGCGUCGGCCCGCACAUAACCGCAUGGACAUGUUCGCCACCUUUUCCGUGGACCGCUACUCCUUCCCUUCAGGCCACGCCACCCGUGCCGCCAUGUGUGGGCGCUUCCUGCUGGCUCACCUCGUGCUGGCUGCCCCGCUGAGGGUCCUCGUCCUGCUGUGGGCCGGCCUGGUGGGGCUGAGCCGAGUGCUGCUGGGCCGGCACAAUGUGACUGACGUGAUGUUUGGGUUCUGGAUGGGCUAUUGCCAGUAUAACCUUAUAGAGAUGUUGUGGCUUUCACCUCAAACCCUGCAGGGGCUGCUGGGACAGUUAGCUUAACACUGAGGGGAUAGAGGGAGGAGGGAUGGCGGUUUAAAUCUUGAUUGUCAGAGCACCUGCACACCUUUUGUCUUUUAGACUGAUAUAUAAGAGGAAUUGUCUUUUGACUAGAGAAGAGCGCUCUAUCACAGCUGUGUUCUGCUAUUAUCCAACAAUUAAGGUGCGAGUGUGUAGGGUUUAGGGGGAUCUAUCGGCUGACAUGGAAUGUAACAUUUCUAAUUAUGUUUUCAUUAGUGUGUAAUCACCUGAAAAUAAGAAUCGCUGUGUUUUUGUUAGCUUUUUAUGAACCCCUCAUGUCAACACAGGGAGCAGAUUCUCUUCCAUUGAGCCCAGCAUGUUCCACUACCAUGUUUCUACAGUAGCCUAGAAAGGACAAACCAAACACUGGCUUUAGAGAGGGCAAUUUAUUUGCAUUUUUUUCAUUACCUGAAGGCCACUGUAGGUUCAUAUACACAUUUGAAAAGAGAGGUGUGAGCAGAGUGGUAUUAAGUUGGUUGCAAUUCGCAAACUUACCACUAGAUGCCACUAAAGUUUACACACUGCUCCUUUAAAGUCAGAAUCCAGCCAAAUUCAGCCCUCAUUUUGAGAUUUUGAUAACUAGCCUGCCGUUAGUAAAACGUACAAGAUUUUUAAUCAGCGUAGACCACAAGAAACAGAUUUGUCCACAUUAUUUCCUUCAACUCUAAGUAAGCUUUUGUUGCUGAGGAAGUGUUAAUCGUCUGAACCCUCCACUUGAGGAUUUGACUUAGAUAUACCCUAUAUACACUACAGAAGAAAGGUUAAAUAAUCAAUCAAGCUUUAUUCAAUAAAAACACACGCAAACAGCAGUAAAUAGUACAAAUUUACUACAUUUUACUAAAUACUGUUAUGUAAAAGUAAAUGAUGCUGUUCCCUGUUCAGAGGGUCAAAGUGUCCAUUAACAACUGCCGUUUAACAGCUGCUCACAAACCUGAUUGUUUCAUAGCGUGUUCACAGAUUUAAGUCCCCUCCUGUUCUUAAACUUUAAUUUCUACUUUACAUCUGAUAGGAUUAAACAUUAAAUCAUCUCAAGUAGACACACCCAACCCCUCAUAAACUCUAAGUGGACCAAUAUACUUUCCUUAUUGACUUUGGCAUCCCUAUUUCAUUGAAAGUAUCACUGUUGCAUUACCAGUCGACCAAAGCAUAUCAUAGAUUACUGAUUACUAAUCAACUCUGAAAGAUCACAUAUGCGCAACCUCAUUAUUAUCAGGGGAUAUACGUCAGAAGUCAGAAGUGUGUGGAAUCCUCUUCUCUGGGCACUGACAGUUUCAAAUAGUGUAACGAGGCUGAAGACUGACAUAAUGUACAAUACAUCUGUCCAUAAGAGAAUGGAAAGCUACAUACUGAAGGUGAUAACUGUAUAUCUUUACAUCUUCAUUGUAAAGUAAUAAACUGUCCGUUCACUAAAUAUAACCCUCUAAACUGAUAUCACAGUUUGGCUCAUUGGUAAAUGAAUCACAUAUUUGCUGUUUUAAUGAAAACCAAACUUUGGUAGACUUGACAUUACAUGAGCAAUUUGAAGUUGUCAAUCCAGACCUUCCUCUGAUUUCAUCAUCUCAAGAUGUGGCUGCGUGUUAUCAACAGAGCAGGGAAAUGAAACGUGCCUGAAAUGUGUUCAAGUUGAUAAACGCGCUCUGACUGAGGCUGAUGUUAAUUAAGCUCAUGAGCCCACCCAUAAAGUCUCAGCCCAAGCUGACGUACUGAGACUUUUUAAAUGUAUUAUUUAUUUAUAUUUGCAAUUGAAUCACAGGGUCAACCUGAUUUAAUUUUUGUUAUUGGUUCUUACAGUCAUUUGGGAGAUUUAAAGGGAUAGUGCACCCAAAAAUGAAAAUUCAGCCAUCAUCUACUCACCCAUAUGCCGAGGGAGGCUCAGGUGAAGUUUUAGAGUCCUCACAUCACUUGCAGAGAUCCAAGGGGAGAGGAGGUAGCAACACAACUCCACCUAAUGGAGGCUGACGGCGCCCCAGAUUCAAACGUCCAAAAACACAUAAUUGAAACCACAAAAUAUCUCCAUACUGCUCGUCCGUAGUGAUCCAAGUGUCCUGAAGCCCCGACAUAAAAAGUUGUUUGGAAAAACCUCAUUUGAACUCUGUUUUUAGCCUCAUUGUAGCCUGUAGCUCUAACAGGACACUUGGAUCACUAUGGACGAGCAGUAUGGAGAUAUUUUGUGGUUUCAAAACUUCACCUGAGCCUCCAUCGGCACAUGGGUGAGUAGAUAUUGGCUGAAUUUUCAUUUUUGGGUGCACUAUCCCUUUAAAACAUUUGUUAGAAUGUAUAAGGGGCACUUUAAAUCAACACCUUCAGGUGAUGGUUUCCUAUCACCUGAAAUGAGAGCUUGCUAGAUUUCUGCACUGUGAAAAUGCUGCUAAAACACUGGCAUUGUACUUUGUUUGCCCCAGCCAGUUUAGCAAGCACUAUAAUAAUUACAGUCUGAUAGAUAUGAUCGACUGGUUAUUCAUAAAGUUAGACAAAAAUGUACCAGAAUGUGUAACUAUCCACAUCAUUUCCCCCAGCGCUGUGGCAGCACCUAGUUUAAUAUUGGCAUCGAGCUUGGAUGAGGACACCUGGAGUGCUGCCAGUGAUCACAGUUUGAAGGUCAAGUUUUGUAACCCUUCAACACGAUUGUAAUGAAUGGCACUACAGUGUGUACAUACAGGAGGUCUUGACACACAAGAAAGACUUCUUAGGCAAUAUCACGUGGCACUAUGGGUAGAUUUUUCGUGACUUUAAUCUUGAGUCAUGGGUUUUCAUAAUGUUUUUAGAUUACCCAUUAAUUCUUUGUUAAAGAUUCACAAAGGCAAUAAUCGGUAAAGGGAUAAACAGCCAGACUGAUUUAUAUCCACGUACUGGCUGCUGAUUGAACGAUACUAAUUUAAAAGUUUAAAUGACGCCAGCAGUCGAGAUGUUGUAACACAGAGGGGUGUUUGACGUUAGCAGUGUCAUGUUGACUGAUAUGUAAGCCAUGUGGGGGCACAGCAUGAGGAGAGCUGUGUUAAAGUGUCUGCUGUGCAACAUCUGUGCCAAAUCUGAAGAGCGAAUAUCACGGUUCACAGGCAGGUGAUGUGUCAUCAAAGCAGUGGUGACCCCACUGGGGGGGCAGGGGGGCCAUGGCCACCCUGGUAAAAAUUGCUUUUCCUUUUUGUGACGACUGUAGUGGGGUUGAUUUUUAAAUAUAUAUAUAUGUAACUCAUCUGUUUACAUUUAGGCUUAAAGUUAUGCAUGUUUUAGGGCAGGCCACUUUGAGUGACAGGUCGUCUGUCAAUAGUGUACUCGGCUUCUUGGUCACAUCCAACCCUCGGUCCUCAACAGUGCCAGCCUCUCACUCAAAUAUGGUCACUUCUGGCUCUAAAAAAACAAGAUGGUGACAGCCAAAAUGCCAUAGUUGAUGCUUCAACAUGGGAGUCCACAAACCAAUGGGUGACGUCGCGGUAGUUAGAUCCUUUAUUUUUACAGUCCAUGGUCCCCACAAGUCUCCCCUAAACUUGCAAGGGCCUGUUCCCAGCAAAUGUUUGGUUCCUUACAAUCAAUGCACUCCUUCAAAUUAAAGCUGUGUACUUGCUUUUUAAGGAAAAAGAUCAUAUAUAUAUAAAUGAACAAAACACAUUAAAACAGGAUUAUUGUGGAACUUAAAAUGUUAGUCUAUGCACAUCAGAUAAUUAGUAAUAUUAACUGUUUUAAAAUACCCUGUAUACUACAGCAGGAUAAAUGAAUCCCUGAAAUUUAUGGCCUUUGGUUUUGGUGUGCUGUCGCAAGAUUUUCAGUGGCCCCAUUUGGCCACCCUCCGUCUCUCCUUUCUCUGUCACUAUCUAAAUAAUCUAAACGAAUAAUUGCAACUGUUGAGCAUAAUUGCUCAUAUUUUUCCAAAAAGGUUUGGACUAAAGAGAUUUGAAGAAAAGUAAAGGAGCUGUGGUGCGUACUAUUGCACCACAUCCAUUCAUUUACUUCAUGUGCACAGAUCUAGUAACUGGCUGACUUUUGCUGGUAAGGACACGACCGCUCUUCCAGGGUGAAGCAGAUUAUUUAACAAGUUGCGCAACAGCUGGCUCAGUCUCGCUCAUUGUACACAGAUUUCUUGGUACUGCUAGAAACCAGAACAAGUUCACCCUAAUUUCUAUGUGUGUUGGACGUUAAUAACUUGUCUAUUGAUUUGUACCAUGAUGAGUAAUGUAGAUCAAUGACAUCCGUGUAAAUGUAUGAACUACAUUUGAACCUUAAACUGAAUCCAUUGUAGACUUUCAGUGACCUCUCACAUGCUGUGCCCUCUCUCUGCAAUAACUGACCACUGAGUGAGCGAUAAGAUGACCAGCGAGUGAUGCGGUAGCUUCCAUUCUUUUAGUUUUCUCAGCCUUCUGUCGCAAAUCUAAAUAUGCUGGAUGGUGAUAUUGUGACCAAAUGAUUUUUAUGAUGAUUUGUGUUGUUUUAUAUGUUGAUAUUGCAGUGAUACUGACACUUAAGGAAAAGAUGUUCAUCACAACGAUCACGAAAUAGAUUUUGCACAUUCCACAUGUCACCUGUUUACUUCACGACCAUGAAGAAAGAUGCAUUCUGUUUGUUUAUUCAGCUUUCAGAUAUUGUCAACACAUCUGUUCUUGCACAUUAUCAAACAUGAAGACAACAAUAUAUUUCACUGCACUCAGUUUUGCCUGCUAUAUACUAUAAAUGAUAUUGUGUGAUUCCUGUAUAGACUCUAUUCCUAAUGUAUAUACAUAUACCUGUAUGGUCAUGUGAUUACACUGUGUUAUGUUCACUGGAUUUUAAUGUGCUGCUCAAUAUUCACUGAGGGCUUGUUCUUGAAUGAUUUGAUUGUAAGAAUUUUUAAAUAAACGGGGAACAAAU